UCUCUAUUGUCUCUCAUGACUCUUCGUCCAUCUUCGUCAUCUUGCAGCUGGAGAUUCCAUCUCUUCCCGAGCUUCCACGGGCCAGAUGUCCGUGUAUCAUUUCUAAGUCACUUACGCAAGCAGUUUGAACGCAAUGGAAUCAUAAUGUUCAAUGAUCAAGAGAUCCAGAGAAGCCAAAUCAUCAAACCUGAACUCACUCGGGCAAUACAGGAAUCAAGAAUCUUGAUCGUGGUGCUCUCACAGAGCUAUGCUUCCUCAAGUUGGUGCUUGAAUGAGCUGGUGGAGAUUUUGAAGUGUGAGGAAACUGCUGGACGGAUUGUCAUGACGAUCUUCUACAAAGUUGAUCCAUCUGAUGUGAGAAAGCAGAUCGGAGAAUUUGGGGAGGCUUUCAAGAAAACUUGCGAAGGGAGAACCCAGACAGAAAUACAGAGGUGGACCAGAGCUUUGACUCAUGUCGCCAACAUAGAAGGAGAACACUCCUUGAACUGGGUCAAUGAAGCGGAUAUGAUUGAGAAAAUUGCAAAAGAUGUUUCAGACAAACUAAAUGCUACACCAUCUAACGAUUUUGAUAGCAUGGUGGGACUUGAAGCUCAUUUGGAAAAAUUGAAGUCUUCGUUGCAUUUGGAAAAAGAUGGAGCCAUGAUAGUUGGAAUCUCUGGUCCUGCUGGAAUUGGUAAAACUACCAUUGCGAGGGCUUUAUACAACCAACUCUCCAGCAAUUUUCCGCUUAGGUACUUUAUGGAAAAUGUGAGGGGGAUUUAUAGGAGAAUUGAUUGUGAUCAACAUGGUUUAAAACUGCAUUUACAAGAACAGCUUCUUUCAAAGAUUUUGAACCAUGAUGGAAUGAAGAUUUUUCACUCAGAUGUGGUAUACGAAAGGUUACAAAACCAAAAGGUUCUUAUCAUACUUGAUGAUGUGGAUCAUCUAGAGCAGUUAGAUGCUUUGGCUAGAGAUGUAUCUUGGUUUGGUCAUGGUAGUAGGAUUAUUGUGACUACGGAAGAUCAAGAGCUUUUGAAGCAGCAUGGUAUAAAAAAUACAUACCAUGUGAAUCUUCCAUCUAAUGAAGAAGCUCUUGGCAUCUUUUCCAGGUAUGCUUUCAGACAAAGCACUCCAACUAGUGGUUUUAAAGAUCUUGCUGAAAGGGUAGUCGAGUUAUGUGGUAAUCUUCCAUUGGGUCUCCGUGUUGUGGGUUCAUCUUUACGUGAGAAAAAUGAGGAUGAGUGGGAUGCUGUAGUGCAUAGGCUAGAAACUAAUCUUGAUCGAGAUAUCGAAAGAGUACUAAGGUUCGGCUAUGAGAGUUUACAUGAGACUGAUCAAAUUUUAUUUCUCUACGUUGCAAUCUUCUUCAACUACAUAGACAAUGAUCAUGUGAAAAGCAUGCUUUCUAGUACUCAUUUGGAUGAAAGACAUGGCUUAAAUACACUAGUCAAUAGAUCUCUCAUAGAUAUAUCUUCCAAAGGUAAAGUAGUGAUGCACAAGUUACUGCAACAAGUGGGUAGACAGGUGAUACAUAGACAAGAGCCUUGGAAACGCCAAAUCUUAAUGGAUGCACAUGAGAUUAGCGAUAUCCUUGAACAUGGAAAAGGAACUAGAGCCGUGUCUGGAAUAUCAUUUGAUACAUUUGAGACUGGCCAAGUGUUUAUAAGUGCAAGUGCUUUCAAAAGGAUGCCGAAUCUUCGAUACCUCAGUGUACACACAAGAUGGCAUGACAAAAACGAUAGAGUAUAUAUACCUGAGGACAUGGAGUUUCCACCUCGUUUAAGGUUACUGCAUUGGGAUGCAUACCCAAGCAAGAGUCUUCCUCCUAAAUUCUAUCCAGAACAUCUUGUGGAACUCAAUAUGCAAGAAAGCCAGCUUGAAAAGCUCUGGGAAGGAACUCCGCGAUUAACAAAUCUGAAGAAGAUGGAGCUGAUGGAAUCAUGGCAUUUGAAGGAACUCCCAGAUCUUUCAAGCGCUACAAAACUCGAGAGAUUGGAUCUGGCUUGGUGCCAGAGUUUGGUAGAGAUUCCAUUUUCUCUCUCGAAUCUUCACAAACUAAAGGUCUUGGCCAUGUUCGCUUGCUCUAACCUCCAAGUCUUACCAAAUACCUUGAAUUUAGCAUCUCUUAAAGUUGUCAACAUGGCUGGAUGCUCACGACUGAGAAAGUUUCCAGACUUCUCUACAAACAUCUCAUCACUCAAACUAUCAAACACCUUGGUUGAACAAGUCCCUGCAUCGAUUCAGCACUGGACUCGUCUUCGGUUUCUUGACCUAAGCUACAAUGAGAAGCUCAAGACUUUAGAGAAUCUCCCCGAAGGCGCAUCUCAUCUAAACCUAAGCUACAGCGGAAUCGAGAAGGUUUCGGAUUGCAUCAAAGGGCUUCACGGUCUUCAACAUUUUAAUCUUUCUGGCUGCAGAAAACUCGAGUCGUUGCCGGAGCUCCCUCCUCAGCUCAUGUUCCUAUCUGCUAACGACUGUGAAUCGCUGAAGAGUGUUUCUUGUCCCUUUUACACUCCAAACGCGCAGCUUAACUUCACCAACUGCUUCAAACUGGGUCAACAAGCGCGACGAGCGAUUAUCCAACAGUCGUUUCUUGACGGGUGGGCUCUGUUACCAGGAAGAGAAGUACCCGCAGAGUUCGAUCACCGAGCCAGAGGAAGUUCCUUAACACUUCAUUGCUCUGCUUCCUCUAGAUUCAAGAUUUGCCUCGUGGUUGCACCGAACCAUCAGAUCAGAGAAUACAGAGUCUCGCAGCUGUUGUGUCGUCGCAUAGGUAAAUGCGAGUUAGACCUCUCCUCUGUCAAAGUUUAUCGUAUCCCCAGAUUUGGGACGGAGCAUCUGUUCAUCUUUCACUCUGGUUGUAUUGAAGAUGACCAAAGCGUUAGCGAGAUAGUGUUUGAAUUUAGCAGCAAGCUCCACGACUUUGAGAUUGUCGAGUGUGGUGUUCAGAUCUUGACCGACGAGAUCGAAAGGAGCGCUAUGUGUUUGAAUCCAGCGAAGCGUUUGAAAACGACUCUCUCUGAGCAGUGACCGUACAGGUGGACAAAUCUGUUUUGAUCUAUCCAACUUCGUGAGAAGCAAGGUAGGUGAUGACGUGGCUGCUAUGUGAGCUAAAAACAUCAUGCGCCCGUCACACUAAAAGCCUUAAUAUUGGAUUCACUCGUUUGAAAUCUCUUUUGAUUUUUUUACACUCCAAGACAUUUUUUGUCUUUAAAAUUACACCAUCAGACACUUUCCACUUGGGGAGCACAUUAUGU